AUGGCAUUAACAAAACCAACCGUGCUUUCUGCUGCUGGCACGGCGGUCGGUCUGGCACUGGUCUUUAACCCACAGAGUCAACCAAUAAUUUCCUGUUUUGGAUUCUCGGUACUUGGUGCCGUAGCCACCUUCCACAUGAUUCCCAAAAUGGGCCCGCUCUUCAUAAAGGUAGGCCUUAGUGGCAAGGAUCUGCUCAAAAAAGAGAAGAAGGUUCUUCCAGAAACAAUGGGUGCAGUUGUUGGCCUCGUAUACAUGUUCUGUCUAUUCUUCUUUAUUCCCUUCAUGUUCUACCAAUACCUGGUUACAGAAACAUCCGGUGCUGGCAACCGUGAUGAAGGUCUGGAAAUUACCGUUGACCCAGGCGAUCCAGGUACAAUUGGGCGCACACUUACAAAGUUCCCGCAUAACAAACUGGCAAGUUAUCUCAGUGCAUUGCUCUCACUCCAGAGCAUGUUUAUUCUCGGAGUUGCCGAUGACCUUUUUGAUAUCCGGUGGAGAAAUAAGUUCUUUCUGCCUGCCAUUGCUGCCAUCCCCCUUAUGAUUGUUUAUUACGUGGACUUUGGAGUCACUCGUAUUGUCAUCCCACACUUCAUCCAACCUCUUUUUGGCAACAAGUCAAUUGAUCUUGGGUUUCUUUACUAUUUAUACAUGGCAGCUGUAGCCAUUUUUUGCCCUAACUCAAUAAACAUUUAUGCCGGCGUCAAUGGCCUUGAAGUGAGCCAGAGUCUAGUUAUUGGUCUUUCUAUUCUCGCAAAUGACAUUUUAUAUCUGGCUCGCCCUCAUAACUUAGCCACUGAGUCCCAUCUUCUUUCGCUCUACUUGGUGCUUCCCUUUCUCGGAGUAACGUGCUCCCUUUUAUACUACAAUUGGUGGCCUGCACAAGCCUUUGUAGGCGAUACAUACUGCUAUCUUGCAGGAAUGGUAUACGCCGUUGUGGGAAUUUUGGGUCACUUUUCGAAAACAAUACUCUUAUUUUUCCUCCCGCAAAUCUUUAAUUUUGCAUACUCAGUACCGCAGCUUUUUAAAAUUGUUGAAUGCCCGAGACACAGAAUGCCGCACUUUAAUGAAAAAACAGGCCUGUUGGAACCUUCCAAAGCUCAUUUUACGAAACCGCCACACCCUGUUGUUGCAUUUGUAUUAAGAACUCUGGGGAAAUUGAAACUGCUGGGUGUUUACGAGGAGGAUGGAAAACUGGUAGCAGUUUCAAAUAUGACACUGAUAAACCUGGCCCUUGUGUUGGGUGGCCCUAUGCGAGAAGAUAAACUAACCACUGUUCUGCUGUCGCUCCAACUUGGAGUGGGACUCGGUGCUCUUAUUGCACGCCAUACAAUUGCAACCUUGGUUUUUGGAUAUGACAAUAUUUAA